AUGUUAGUCGCGUCGAGGUUGCGCAAUGGCCUCGGCCUGCUGGUGCCUUUGACGCUAGCUUGUUCGCUUUACCUCUAUUUUUACCCCUUCUUUGGGCAAUGCGCGUUUCCUUUACCGUCGCGUAAUGCACUCGAAGCAUUUGAGGAGACAAAGAAGCUCCACUGGCCCUUCGCAGACAAGGAAUCGUUGUCCAACGUGCCCACGAAGCAGGCACCCUUUCGGCUACUUGCGCUCGGCGAUCCCCAGCUCGAAGGCGAUACCUCAAUUCCCCUCGCAUAUGCAGGAUUCAUGCCGCAUAUUCCACUGCUUCUUAAGCAGCUGACAUUCCAAACAUGUCACCCAUCUCUAAAAGAGCGCAUCCGAUGGGCCAUGCACGACCUCGUCGAUAUCUUCUUCGACGACAUCCCGAACAUUUUCGAAUCCGCGCGCAAGGUCUUUGACCUUUUCGGGAACGACUUCUACCUCGCCCACAUUUAUAGAACCCUGCAUUGGUGGACACAACCAACGCAUGUUAGUGUUUUGGGUGACCUGCUCGGCAGCCAAUGGAUCGAGGAUGACGAAUUCGAGAAACGAGGUCACCGGUUCUGGAACAGGACGUUCAAAGGCGGAAAGCGCGUCCCCGACGACGUGGCCGUAUUUCCAGCUGAUGAAUAUAACAUUACUGGGUUUCUCAAUGGUUCACCAGAAGAGGAUAUUUGGAAGAAGCGCAUCAUCAAUGUUGCAGGUAAUCACGACAUUGGCUAUGCUGGAGACUUGACUGAGGAGCGCCUCGAGCGGUUUGAACGUAUUUUCGGCAAAGCAAAUUACGAGCUACGUUUUGAACUUCCCGUUACCGAUCCCGAUCAUAACGCGACCAUCAUCAACGAAGAAACGAAUCCAGACUCGAGGCGAUUAGCGCCAGAAUUGCGAAUUGUCGUCCUUAACGAUAUGAACUUGGAUACACCUGCGAAAUCCGUACCGCUACAAGACGAGACUUACAAGUUUAUCAACUCUGUCAUUGGAACAUCCGCCGCCGUCGAGUUUGACGGCCAUUUCACCCUCAUACUCACACACAUUCCGAUGUACAAGCCUGCUGGGAUCUGUGUCGAUGCUCCGUUCUUCGACUUCCACAGCCAAGCGGAUGGCGGUGGAUUGAAGGAGCAAUACUUACUGAGCGGUGACGCCAGCAAGGGUCUGCUGGAGGGCAUUUUUGGCGUAAGCGGAGAUACCAACGCUCCUGCCAACGGACUGGGUCGCAAAGGCAUGGUCAUGAAUGGGCACGAUCAUGAAGGCUGCGACACGUAUCAUUUUGUGAACCAAACAAACGGGACAGACUCUUACGAGAGGUCUUGGGAAACAGUUCGAUGGGGAGAUGCGAAGUCGAUGGAUUACCCCUCACGCCCUGGUCUACCGGGUCGCCGAGAGAUUACCGUGCGCAGUAUGAUGGGUGAUUUCGGCGGCAAUGCUGGCCUCCUGAGCAUGUGGUUCAACUUUGACACCUGGGAGUGGGAGCACGAAUACAUUGACUGCCCACUUGGCUCGCAACACUUUUGGUGGCUCACUCACUUUCUUAUUUUUGGAACGAUUGCCUGUGCCACCUCCUACGUAGCAGUUACCGCCAUGGCAGCUUCUGGUGUCGAUGUUGAUGGCCAUUAUGCUGUUGUUGAGAAGUGGACGCGAAGACAGAUCCUUGCCCUUUGGGCAGAAGCGAAGAGCAGGAUGCGACACAACCCUAUCAACGACGACAAGCCGCAAGAGAAGAGCAGCUCGAAGCCGAGCCAAUGA